AUGGACGCCGCCGACUCGUCGCCGAUGCACGUCGUCCUCUUCCCGUGGCUCGCGUUCGGUCACAUGCUCCCGUUCCUCGAGCUCGCGGAGCGCCUGGCGGCCCGCUGUCACCGCGUCUCCUUCGUCUCAACGCCGCGCAACAUCAGCCGGCUCCCGCCGGCAGUCGACGUCCACCUGGUGGCCCUGCCGCUCCCACGCGUGGAUGGCCUUCCCGAGGGAGCCGAGGCCACCACCGACCUCCCGCCCGGCAAGGGCGAGCUCCUACAGAAGGCUUCCGACGGCCUCGCCGGGCCAUUCUCCGCCUUACUAGACCGCGACAAGAAGCCGGACUGGGUCAUCGUCGACACAUUGCACUACCUAGCCGCCGCCGCCGCUGUCGACCGGGGCGUGCCAUCUGUGAUGUUCGCCACUUGCUCCUCCGCGUCGACCGCCCUCUGGGGCGUUCCGUGCAUGUCGAAGACUGUUAACCCGGAGCUAGGGGCUUCGCUAGGCCAGCGCUUCUUGUUAACCUACCAGAGCUGCAAGAUGGUGGCACAGCGGUGCUGCAUCGAGUUCGAUCCCGACAGCGUGGCUCUGCUGCCCGGCAUCUACGGCAAGCCGUUCGUCCCUCUCGGCCUGCUGCCGCCGCCGCUGAGGUCCAACGGAGACGACGCGCUCGUGUCGUGGCUCGACCGGCAGCCAGCGAAAUCCGUCGUCUACGUCGCGCUGGGAAGCGAGGCGCCGCUGAGCACGGAGCUAGUGCACGAGCUAGCCAUCGGCCUGGAGCUCGCCGGGGCGGCGUUCCUCUGGGCGCUGAGGAAGCCCAGCGGCGUCCCCGACGACGAGGUCCUUCCUCCGGGUUUCCAGGAGCGUACCAAACACCGCGGGCUCGUAACAAUGGGAAUGGCCCCGCAGACCAGGGUGCUAGCGCACGACUCCGUCAGCGCGUUCCUGACGCACUGCGGGUGGAGCUCCGCCAUCGAGGGGAUGCAGUAUGGACGCCCCCUUGUCAUGCUGCCAUUCUUCGGAGACCAAGGGCCAAUCGCUCGGCUAAUGGAGGGGAAGAAGGUUGGAUUGCCGGUGCCAAGGAACGGCAAGGAUGGAUCGUCUUUAGACCGAGAAGGCGUCGCGUCGGCGGUCCGGGCCGUCUUGGUGGAGGAAGAAGGUAGACGUGUCUUCGCGGCCAAUGCCAAGAAGCUCCAUCAGAUUGUCGCGGAUACUGCAUGCCAUAAGAUGUGCAUUGAUAAUUUCGUUCAGCAACUACGAUUCUACAAGGGGUAG